UUUUAAAUGCACAACACUUGACUCCCUUUGUUUUAGGUUUAAAUUGACCUACUUGACGAAUAUAUUCUCUGCUGGCAUUGAACUGUUGGGACUCCAGUUGACAAAUAAAGUAAACGUGCGCGGUAGUAAAUGAGUUAAGAAUGUCAAAAAAUGACUUGAAACAUUGCCCUGUAACCAGAUACAAAAACAGAUUUCUAAUCUACACAACAAGCAUAUCUUCGCACACGGGGUCAUUAAGAUUAUACAUUCACUAACCAAAUAAACAAUAAUAGUAAAACCGUCAUAAAACGUGUCUAAGGUCACCAGAAGCUGAAAUGCAUUUAACCGUGGUGGAAAACCCCCUAAAACAUUUCAAUGUUCUGAGUGGGAUAAACGUCUAUUAGUCUGUCCUUUCAUUAGUUGGCCUCAUGACCGAUUUUUUUUUUUUUUUUUAAUUAUUGCGGUUGUCAUCAUUGAUGACUGCUGCCAGGCAGAUGCAGCUUACGCUCAAUAAACACAUAAACAUACCGGUAGUCAACCAUUAAUGGAGCGAGUGCUUUGCAUAUGCACAAUGAGUCCUCAUGUUGACUGGCGACAUAUCGCCUGAUGCACUUUUCGCAGCGUUAAACCGGCAGUUAGCGCCGCUUGAAUUAUGGGCAGACAAAAGGACGCUCUGCGGAAACUGGACGGGACCUUCCGGACCAGACACCGACUCCUUCGCCAAGGCCUGGCCGAAUGCCUCGGGACGCUAAUCCUGGUGACCUUUUCUUGUGGCGGGGUGGCACAGUGGAUACUGAGUGCCGGUUCCCACGGGACAUUCCUCUCUGUCAACUUUGCGGUAGGAGGCGGCGUUGCGCUGGGCGUCCUGGUCAGCGGCCCUAUCUCGGGUGGCCAUCUGAACCCUGCUGUGACCUUUGCAUUAUGUUUGCUUGGCCGGGAGCCCUGGAGGAAGUUGCCGUGGUUCUUCUUUUUCCAGACAUUGGGCGCGUUCCUGGCUGCUGGCAUCAUAUAUUGUCUUUACUUGGAUGCUAUACGGGAAUUUGGCCACGGGGAGUUGCUCGUGGUCGGAAAGAAUGCCACCGCUGGGAUUUUUGCCACAUAUCCUUCGAAACAUCUCUCAGUGCUCAAUGGAUUUAUGGACCAGGUUAUCGGAACAGCAGCACUGGUUAUAGGUGUCCUCGCCAUCAUAGACCCUCACAAUAAUUCAGUCCUGCCUGGGCGGGAAGCUUUCCCUGUGGGCUUGGUGGUAACCGUCAUCGGCCUGACCAUGGGAUUCAAUGCUGGCUACGCCAUCAACCCCGCCCGGGACCUUGGACCUCGCCUUUUCACUGCCGUAGCAGGAUGGGGACUCGAGGUUUUCACAGUGAACGCCUAUUGGUCUGUUGUGCCCAUCACUGCCCCGUUUGUGGGUGCCAUAGUGGCAGUGAUGGUGUACCAGCUAAUGGUCGGAUGGCAUCACAGCAAAGAUGAGCCAGAGAGGAAUCGAGAAGGGCGCGAGGGGGAACAACUCAAACUGGCCAGUGUUUCAGCCAAUGAAGAAGACGCUUGAAUUGUAGGUCCAUGUAAUGGUGUCAGAGAUAACAACAUUUUCUGUAUGUUUUUGUUUUUUUUGUCUUCUUCAAAUGCCACGUUUGACUGGUAUGUCUACAGCUAACUGGUUUUGGCAAAUUUAGGUUUUUUGGUUUUAGCAGUGUCUUGGUUUUUGAUCAGUACAGGUAAAUUUGUUUUGGUGUGUCAUGGAUCAAGUCCAUUUAGACAAGAAGUACACACUGUAAUCAACGGCAGCAAUUUAUUAGCCACAACGCUAAUCCCUGUGGUGUCACAUAAACAAGAUAAUGGCGAUUAACCUGGCUACAGAUGGGCCAAUUUUGCUUUGUGCACGGGAGAAAACAUAUUUAGCAGGAACAAAGGUGAUCCAUUACUUCCACUGGGAAAAUAGCCAGAUGGUGGGGAAAACUGACUGAUUCAAACAUGACAACACAAGAAAUCAUGACUGGAAGUUCUGCUAGUGACAUCUUAUUACCCAACAUGAGCAAAGGUUGCUUGUAACCUUAUGUGCAUCUGGUUUCAACUACAAAGUACUUAGCUUAGGCUAUUCUAGUUUUAGACAUCUCCUCCAUCCACAUUACAGUAAAAGGCAACACAUUAGCAAGAAAGCCCUGCUUUCUCAGAGAUCAACCCCACAAGGAGCCUUGCCCGUCUUGUGAACGUCUACUAACCGUUAGGCCAGUUGUGAAUCCCGGUGGAAAUACAAUUUGCGAAUCAGAGUGGGUUUACUGUACCAUUUUUAACAGACUAUUAGCUAAACACUCAGUCAGUAGCAUGCAAAUUGUGACAUUUGCCACCUUACAAAUCCUCUCCAAAAUGUUCAGAGAACAGCAGGUGGCUGUUGGUAAGCGUGACGCUUGAUCUUUUAUUUGACAAAGCGCAGAGGGCAACGAAAGGUCUCAAUUGUUUGCUUGGAAAAAUGCUGGAAUGACAAGAAAAGCCUCCUUCGGAGCAGCCAGUGACGAGAAGUGACAUUUGUCAGUGUCUGGAGAAGAGGAUCAGUCUGUCUGGGUGUUACAAAGGUUUAAACUUCACAGAGUGAUGUUUGACAUUUGGACUUCCUCUCUGGUGUGACCUUUUGCGGUCAUAUCGGUUGUCAAUCGAAAGUGGUUUCUCACAAAAAUUUGAAUAAAAGCUGCAGUUU